CCAUUUUACCCUCUUAUUACCCUUUUACCCUCUUACCCUCUCGCCCUCUCACCCUCUUAUUACAUAUAAUAUACCACCAACUUACUACACCUCCAGAGUAUACCCAGGUACACUAUACCUAAUAUAUUGUCGAUUUCCUCUUGCAAAAGUAACAUCGUUCAGAGAGUCAGCUUGCAUUGAUCGAUAUAAAAAUUUGUAAUUAAAAAAGAAGAAUACACACAUACACAUACACACACACACACACAUACACAUACAUACACACACACACACACACUCUCUCUCUCUCUCUCUCCAUCUUUCAUUCUCCUCUCUUCCCACACCUAUCAUCUACAUAUUACAUAUUAACUAUCCAUUUCGCUAUAUUAUAUAAUAAUAUAGCCAGACGAUUGUGGAAGGAACGAUUCCCUGGCUUAUUGAAUUUCCCAAAGGUCAAGGCGUCCCUGGCUUUCAUUCCAAACAGAGCACGUCUGUUGUCUCAAUUGCGACCCAUCACAAUCUCAGAUCCUCUCUCGUCUGCUCUCUUUCUCUUUCUCUCCCUCCGCUUUUUCACAUUCGAUUUCGAAUUCGAAACUUUGCUCUUUCCUUUCUCUCCUCGCCGUCUCUUCAUUCCACAGAAGGAUCAAAACAAGAAAAGAAAAGAAAGAAAGAAAUAAAGAACCCAAAAAACCAAAAAAACCAAAAAACGCUUACAUAGCAUUACAGUAUUGCAUAUACUGCAAUCCACUGCAUCAGCACUCACUAUCACAUCAGCAUACAGCCAUCCCAAAAUUCCCCCCAAGCCCAAACCAAAGAACUACCACACUCGAUACUCCUCACUACUCUCACUCGCACAAUUGUAAUUAUUAUACACUUCAAUUGUCAUUUUCUCUCUCAAUUGUUUUCCUUCCUUACUUCUUUAAUAUCUUUUGCUUUCAUCUCUCAUUGCCCUUUCCUCUUUUAUUAGAUUGUUCUGCUUCCAAAGAACAUCCUUUGUUGUGGUCAUCUUUCAACAACCUCCUCUCGACUUCAUUCAUUCAACAAGGCUUUCCAGCCAAUUCCUGUCCUUUCCGGUACAACUACCAUUGUCGCCACUAGCAAUUCAAUUCGGCGGGGGAAAAAAUCAAUUAAAAAAAAACAUUGGUUGUCAAAUCAUUGGGGCGAAGAGGAUCUAUCAGGUUUCACAAAGAGUUUUACUUUUGGCAUCUUUUGCACUACGGCGCAAUUCUUCUCUAAUAAUAACAACUUGAUCAUCUGGAGACAACUUUUGCAGUUAAACACCACAAAGUUUGGUUGGAAAUCAGGGCAAAAUGGAGCACGAUGCAGGGAAGAGACAACGUGGGAAUAGCAUCACCACUACCCCCGAGAGACCGGCGAAUAAUGAUGGAAGAGCUGUACCCGAGGCUCAGGUAACAGAGAGACCGCAAGAAUCCAGGGAGAUUAACAGCCACAACCCUCAGGGAUAUGGUCUACAAUCGACCAAUACAUUCACAGCUAGUAGUAGCUCACCACCCACAAAUCCGGCCCCCAGAUAUCCUUUUGAACGAUCGACAACCUCGUCUAGCCAAGAAGUUUCCGAUGCGUCAAAGAAAAGUACACAGACCGUGGUCAAGCCAGCAUUAGAACCUCCCGUCACCAAAUCAACAUUAAGUGAACUCGAUGUGAAUAAGAUAGUGCACAACCCCAAACUCCGACACGACAUUAACUUCGAUCCGGAUUUACACUUUAGGCCCAAUCUCGAUGGAGAAAAGGGACGCAAGAAGAGCCAGAAGGCCAACGAUUUCUGGGAGACGAUGCGAUCGCAACUUGAAGGCUUCUUGAUGAGUAAAGAUCGUGAGCAAUUCGAGAAAGAUUUAGGUGAUGCGGAGUGGUGCUUGCCAGCCACGCUGAAAGCCAUCAAAGGCAUUCUCGAAACAUUAGUCCCACAGCGGGAUCGGUCAUCGGUCGAGGAGACCUUUAACGUUGAUCUAUUAAUGCAGCAAUUUCGAAAAGGCGUUGCUGAUCUGAAUAAACUUGCGUUGUGGCUAUCACAACUCUUGAAGUGCCAUUGUGCGCCAAUGAGAGAUAGUUGGGUUGAUGAGAUGGUCGUUCACUUGAGUGAGGGUAACCAAAACGGAGAUGUGGCAAUGUUGGUCUCCGGAAUGCGAAAUCUGCUGGGUGUCUUGGAAGCUAUGAAGCUCGAUGUUGCAAAUCAUCAGAUCAGGUGUUUGCGCCCGCUGCUCAUCGAAGACACUGUCCAAUUUGAGCAAAAAUUCUUUGUAAGAAAGAUUGCAAUGGGUAGAGUAGACAUUGCUUCAGCCCAUGAUUGGUUCAGAAAGGCAUCAAAUUUGCCAGAUAGUCUUCCCUCGGAUGCAUCAACACGAACUCAAGGAAACACGUGGGACUUCAUGAAAGCACUUGUAAAUCUAACCCUACCAUCGAAAGCCUUGGAACCUGUUCCUCACACCUUCCUAUUCGAUGAGGAGCGCCUUGUUAAACUUCGUGCGGAUAUGCUGGAUCUAAUUAACCUUGAGAUUUGUAUGUUCCUCUAUCACAAACUUGAUGCGGCAUCCAAAUCGAACGAGGCCCGAUCUGUUCCACAGGAUGAUACACCUGCUGCUUCGUCUUAUAUCUCUUCUCCUGCAGAUGAAGGUGUACUCUCGGCGCCGACUGUACCCUCAGAGAAUGACUUUACAGCCAAACGCAAGUAUAAUCACAUGGUACAGGAAAGAGGUCAUUUCUCGAGAGAACUUUCGGGUCGACAAGUAUGGGUACCAAAUCUAGAAGACGAAGCUAUGGACUCCUUAACGUCUAGCCCAAGAUCAUCCCCAUCAACGACUGCAUCUACGCCCGAGACGUAUCCUGUAACACCACUUUACCUGUCCAUUCAGAAUUCCGACUCUACGUCACAAGUGCGCACCUCUCUACAAGCUCUUCUGGCUUCUUCCUCGUCACAAGAUAGGUGGGCCGUGUUAUCCUCAAACAUUGCUUUGCAAAUUCUUCGCUCAACACCAACACCUAUGGCACGCCUUCCAGUAUUCGAAUCACAUCUUCAAUUUCAUCUCUCAAAUUCACAGUCCAGGAUCUAUCAAGAAGCAGAAACGUACAUAAUCUCGAAACUUUUCCCCGAGUUACAAAAGCUUGUCGAGUCGUAUACUCCUUUGACGAGUCUCCAGAUAUUUGAUGCGGCCACGUCGCCAAAACCUACGAAUGGACUUAUGAACCUCAAUACCCAAGCAAACGGACAAAAGGAGGAAAUUUCAGAUAUUGCAACCAGAAUUGCCCAUAUCGGUAUUUUACACUGGCGGGUUUGGGCACCAUUAGCAUAUCUUGUCAAUCCUGAUGCUGAGGAUGAAGCCGACGUCAACAUGAUUCAGGAUACCGAUCUGCCAGUUGACGAGUCUUGAAGGAUUGGCAAACUGCAUAUCUGCAAACAUUAAUCUUUCGAGGGUGCAUUUUAACAGCAGAGCCGAGCCACAAAAAUAGCAUUCCAAAAGGUCCACUGACCCGGAGUCAUAUUCAAGCCAAACUCCGGAUACGUUAUUGCGGCAAGCAUUAUAUGAAUAUGAAAGAAGCAAUAUCUCCAAGAACUGCUGGAGACGAACUACUACUAUUACAUAUACUAAAAAGUUUGGAAAUCGCCUCGUAAUCUUUUUUUUUUAACUUUACUUACCACACCUAUUAUAAAUUCGCAUUGUUCUUGGAGUCAUUUGGGGCUGGGCAAGUCGGUUCGGAUUCUGGUCUUGCAUACCUGCAUUUUUCUUCAAUUUUUGAAAUUCUGAUACCCAACGUCUGUCGUUUCCUUCGCAUCAAUCGACUACAAACAUCUGUACAAUAGUUGUCGAACCAUGAUUCAUGGUUGGUGUGUUUAUUAUCUGGGAAGCAACUAAAAUCCACGCAUCACUUAAGGGGUUCGGUUGGGGCCAAAACUUGUUUUCUGAUCAUUUCAAAUGAUUGAUUUAUCUAUUAGAAACACGUUGGAGUAUGCGUAUGUGCGUCUUUUUUUUGCUUUAUUUUGCAACCAACCAAUUUGGCAAGGUGCAUGUUAGUAUGUUUGGGUAUGCGAAGUUUGGGAUUUCAAUUGGUGUUUUUUGUUUUUUUGGGAUAUGCCGGAAUGGGACGGGAUAGGUUGGGAUGACAGGUGCAUAAUGUUAGAUCUCGUCUAGACUUUCAGUGGGGGAAACAAAGGUUAAGGGAUGAAUUUGAUUGCGAUGAGAGGAAAUGGCCUGUUUGAAUUGCGAGGAUUGGAUUGGAUGUUUUGGAUUGCGUGGUUGGUUGUAUAUUUUGAUAACUUGACAACUGUGUGCCAGUAAAUGAAUAAAAUGGAAACCAUUCAGAAUAUAAAAUGUCAAGUUGCACUGA